AUGGAUUCCUCAAGAAUCGCUCUCCUGCUCGUGCUCUCCUCCAAGCUGCUUCUCGCGGCAACCGCGUUGCACGACGACGACGACGACACCCUGACGCUGCCGCGGCUGCCAGGUGGCCAGCACGAAGCGGUGUGGAACACGAGCAACAUGGGAGAAGGGGUCGUCAUCGGGGUGCUCGACGACGGCAUCGACGCGGGGCACCCGUCGUUCGGCGACGAGGGGAUGCCGCCGCCGCCGGCCAGGUGGCGGGGCCGGUGCAAGCACGCGGGCGUCGCGUUGUGCAACAACAAGCUCGUCGGCGCGAGGGACUUCACGCGGCACCUGCGUCGACCCGGCACGGCGCCCAGGGCGGGCACGCACGGGAUGCACGCGUCCAGCGUUGCGGCCGGCGCGUUCGUGCGCCGACCGGGCGGCGGCGGAGCGCCUGGCGCCCCCGUGGUGGCGGCGUGCGCGGGCGCGGCGCGCGGGUGCUCCAGGGGCUCGGUCGUGCACGCCGUCGAGGCGGCGCUUGCCGACGGCGUCGACGUGCUCUCGCUGUCGCUCGGGGACGACGACGGCCUCGGCUUCCACGAGGACCCGGUAGCUGCGGCCACGUUCUCGGCUGUCGUGAUGGGCGUCUUCGUCUGCGCCGCGGCGGGCAACAAGGGACGCACGCCUGGGUCGGUCGCAAACGACACGCCGUGGAUACUCACGGUCGGCGCAAGCUCACAGUCACAGGCCACAGCAGGGCGGCACUCCUCAUUCCGCCACCAUCCCGGCGUUCUCCUCGCGGGGGCCGAGCCGCAACAACGGCGGCGUGCUGAAGCCGGACAUCGUGGGUCCCGUCGUCGACAUCCUUGCGGCGGUGCCACGGUCGGCGCGCGGCCCGAGCUUCGCGUCGCUCUCCGGCACGUCCAUGGCGGCGCCGCAUCUCAGCGGGGUCGCGGCGCUGAUAAAACGCGCCCACCCAACCUGGUCCCCCGCGGCCAUCAAGUCCGCGAUAAUGACCACGGCCGACGCGUCGCUCACGGACGCGACAGGCACGCCGGCGAGCUACUUCGCCAUGGGCGCCGGCCUCGUCGACGCGGCCAAAGCCAUCGACCCGGGCCUAGUAUGGAGAACACCGAGGCGAAAGAUCUCAACGCCCCGUCGAUCAUGGUCGCGCUGACGGUGGACGGGCCGGCCGUGACGGUUAUACGGAAGGUGACCAACGUCGGAGCGGCCAGGUCGGUGUACCGGGUGGACGUGAGUGCACCGGACGGGGUCUCCAUCACGGUGGUUCCUGGAGAACUGCAGUUCGACGAGGUGAACCAAGAGGCGAGUUUUGUCGUCACCAUGGAAAGGGCUCCAGGAAGCGCGUUGGAGUCUCAAAUUUUGGGCGCGCAGCUCGCGUGGGUGUCAGAAGAUCAUGUCGUGCGUAGUCCGAUAUCCAUCUCUGCUUAG